AUGUGCGGAUGUGCGGAUGUGCGGAUGUGAGUCAGUGUAAACUUAACUUAGUUUACUCUCAGCUGACAGCUCGACCGGUUCUGCACAGUCCAGACGCGGAAAAAUUCCACCGAGAUGGCCUCCACGUGGUGGGAGCGCCUCUCCGUGUCGGUGAAUAAUGGCACAAGCCCUGUGGACAACAGCAGCUGUUUCAGUGCCACACAGAGCACCGUGCUGAAGGGGGUGAAUUUCGGAGGAGUGCCCAUCGUUCUGCUGAUCGACUUCAUACUCUUCGUGUUGCUGCUAAUAGUCUUCACUGUGAUCAGAAGGAGACUGUGGGAUCAUGGGAGACUCGCUCUUGUCGCAGAGACUGAACGGUUCGGACAUGCUACUAAACGGCGUUACAACAGAAUGACGUCAUCCAUGUCCGUCGAGGAGCCCGAAUAUGAGAAGGGGUGCUGCUCCUGGAUCAACUUUAUUGUCAAUAUGGAUGAAACUACGAUCCAGGAGAAAUGUGGGGUGGAUGCAGUACAUUAUCUGUCAUUUCAGAAGCACCUAGUCAUCAUGCUCUUGAUCAUCUGUGUGCUGUCCAUCACCAUCAUCCUGCCGGUCAAUCUAUCUGGCAACCUGCUGGGCAAUGAUCCCUACAGUUUCGGGAGAACAACCAUAGGGAAUCUUAAGCAGGGUGAUACGCUGCUUUGGCUGCACACAGUAUUUGCAGUUCUGUAUCUUAUGAUCACGGUGGCCCUGCUGAGACGACACACCUCUAAAAUGAAGGGAACCAAGAGAGACAUAGCCAGAAACACCCUGUUUGUGAGGUCUGUACCCACUGCUGCCAGUAGUGAGAGCAUAAAAACUCACUUCAUGGAGGCGUACCCUAACUGUCAAGUGACUGAUGUUAACUUGUGUUAUGAUGUUGCCAAACUGAUUGAUAUAAACAGAAACCGAAAACGGGCAGAAAAAAAUCUGCAGCACUUCACUAAGAUUUUCCAGCGCCAUGGACGUCGUGAGCUCAGCAACCCGCGCCCAUGCAGCCACCUGUGCUGCUGCUGCCGCCGCUGUAAGGGCUGUGAAGAGGUUGAUGCUAUAGAGUUCUACAGCUCACAGGUGGCUGCUCUGCGUGAGGAAGAAGAUAAACUGAAGGAGAGUGUAGAACUGCAUCCUCUGGGCAUGGCAUUUGUCUCUCUGCAAAAUGAGUACAUGGCCAGUUACAUUCUGAAAGAUUUCAAUGCUCUGAAGUGUGGAGGCGGGGCAAGGGGCGUGGCCGGAGAAGUAAUGGGUGGGGGAAUCAGGUGUGGGUGUGGCCGAGAGCCUCAGCCGUCCUCUAAGAGCACAGAACUUAGGGUGAACAAAUGGGAAGUGAAUUACGCUCCUCACCCAUACAAUAUCUACUGGGAGAAUUUGUCAAUAAAAUGGUGGCGUUGGUGGCUACGCUUUACGCUGCUAAAUGUAGCCCUCUUUCUCCUCCUCUUCUUCCUCACAACGCCCUCCAUCAUCAUCACCACCAUGGACAAAUUUAAUGUCACCAAGCCCAUUUACUAUCUGAACAGUGCUGUUAUCAGUCAGUUCUUCCCCACUAUUCUGCUGUGGACCUUCUCAGCCCUGUUGCCCACCAUAGUAUAUUACUCUACACUGGGGGAGGCCCACUGGACCAGGUCCAGCGAAAAUAUGAGCAUGAUGUACAAGCUCUACAUCUUCCUGAUCUUCAUGGUGUUGAUUUUGCCCUCACUGGGCCUCACCAGUCUAGACGUGUUUUUCCGCCAGUUGUUUGAUACGCAUUCAGCGGGGAAGCUGAGGUUUGAGUGUGUGUUUUUACCUGAUCAGGGGGCGUUCUUUGUAAAUUACGUGAUCGCGGCGGCUCUGGUGGGCUCUGGCAUGGAGCUGCUGCGGUUGCCAGGGUUACUGCUCUACAUUGUGCGUCUGGCACUCGCAGGUUCGGCUGCUGAGAGGAAAUAUGUUAAACAGAAUCAGGCGUAUGAGUUUCAGUACGGAGCGAUGUACGGAUGGACUCUGUGUGUGUUCACGGUCAUCAUGGCGUACAGCAUCACCUGCCCUGUCAUCGUUCCCUUCGGUUUGCUGUACCUGCUGCUGAAACACCUGGUGGACAAACACAACCUGUACUUCGCGUACCUGCCCGCCCGCCUCGAUCGGCAGGUUCACCUGGGAGCUGUCAAUCAAGCGCUGGCUGCACCAAUCAUAUGCCUGAUGUGGCUUUAUUUCUUCUCUGUGCUCAGAACAGGCUUCAAGGCAGCUACGUCACUGUUCACUUUAGUGGUUCUCUGUGUGACCAUCUUUAUCUGUUUAAGUUACACCUUCUUUGGACACUUCAAAUACCUCAGCCCGCACAACUACAAUGUUAAGGAGGAAGAAAAAGACGCAGAUAAAGGUUCACAGAGCUCAACUGCAUCGGCAAGUUUCACAUUUGUACAUUACACACUUUUUUUUUUAAUCCCGAUAUAUUUUGAGAUGACCAGAAUCUCUCUCUUUUUUUAGGUGUAUCUUCCCAAAGUUUUGAACCCAGAUGCAUCAUCUGAAUCUGAUGAAUGCAGUAUUCACCAUACAUACGGCACCACCGACACAAGUCCGCCCUUCCUCAGCACCGAGGAAGAGUGUCCAGACUCUGAUAUCUAAGAACAAUAAUCAGGCAACGUCGACCAAUCAACUACCUUUUCACCUCUGGAGGAAAUGGUUCUUGCUGUAUUGAGGUUGGAGGUCAGUGUGAAGAUGUAGGGGAUGUACUUGGGGAGAAAAAAAAGUCACACUUUCUAGCUUUUAAUUUUUUUAUACACACUGAGGGAACAUUUAUUCUUGAACUGCCAUAUCACAUAACCCAAAGGAGCUUUUCAGGAUCAAUUCUUCUCGCCAAAGACUUUAAACACUUUUCUAAAUUGCCAUUCAAACACGCUGUCCAAACAUUUCUAUAAAACCAGCUUCGCCAAUGAGCGCUUGCCAAGGAGUACAAAUAUAACUUGAUUAUAUCAAACCACUUGAACUGACACUUGUGCCUUUUUGGAACCAACUUAACACACUUUAUAACUGUAAUUUGUAUGUGUGUGUGAUUUGAGAAAGUGAGCUUCUGUAUUGUUUUUCAUUCCUCAUUUUCUGUUUUAAAGCAACGUUUUAUACAAAUAUGUUAAUAUAUUGAUGUUGCAGAUAUAUUGAGCUCAUAGCUCAGUGGCCUUUCAAUAGCACAUCUGUAUAGUUCUGUGAGAGAAUGAAUCAUCACUAGGUGGCACUGUUCCUCUCAGAUCAGUACAGACUGAAGCAGAGAGAUGUUUCAGUUUCAAUACAAACCAAUGUUUUAUAAUUUAUUACAGAGAAUUUAGAAGAAAAAUAUACAAAGAUUGUAUUUACAGUAAGGCUCUUACAAUGAAGUAAACAAUAUGCAAAGCAUAAACCUUAUAGUCUUAAAUGUUUUUUAGUUUUGGUCACUUGCUGACCAUGUUUGUAUAAAGUUUAACUUAAUGUCAUGAUCACGCGAGUAACAAAGGAGUGUUUACAUGGAGAAAAUUCUAAUUUUACUGGAAACUAUCAACUAGAAGCAACUCAAGUCUUCCCAAUUUUAAAAAGGGCAAACUUCUUAGAGCAAAGGAGACACAGUUUUAAUUCAUGAAGAUGUUCUAUCAAGUACAAUCAUCAUAUUUGUUCCUUUUAGAUGUAAUUCAGGGGAAGAUAUUGUGGCUAUGAAGAGAACACUUGACAGCUGUGUGUGUUUGUGUUUGUUCUGUAUAUUCAGUAUAUAACUGAAUUUUAGUGUCUGAUCAUUUAAACGGCUCAACCUCCGAA